UGUAUUUUAGUUGUCUUAUGAAACUUUAAAAAAACGAAAAUGAAGGUUGUUGCGCUAAUAAGCGGUGGUAAAGACAGCUGCUACAACAUGAUGCAGUGUGUUGCUGCCGGACAUACCAUAACUGCACUGGCUAACCUCCGACCAGCUCACACAGAUGAAUUAGACAGUUACAUGUACCAAACAGUUGGACAUCAGGCUGUUGAGCUGUAUGCAGAGGCUAUGGAUCUGCCCCUGUACAGGAGGACCAUAGAGGGCUCCAGUGUUAACAUUGGAAGAGAGUACAGUCCGAAAGAGGGUGAUGAAGUAGAAGACCUUUACCAGCUACUUAAACUUGUCAAGGAAAAGGAAGGUGUUGAAGCUGUAUCGGUGGGGGCUAUUUUAUCUGACUAUCAGCGGGUUCGGGUGGAAAAUGUAUGUUCCAGGUUGCAGCUCCGGCCGCUGGCCUACCUGUGGCGCAGGGAGCAAGCGGAUCUUCUCAGUGAGAUGAUUUCCUGUGGUCUUGAAGCGAUCCUCAUCAAGGUGGCAGCAUACGGCCUCGACCCGGGAACACAUUUGGGAAAAACUCUGGCAGAGAUGGAGUCCUAUCUGCAUCAGCUUUCAAAGAAGUAUGGAGUGCAUAUCUGUGGAGAGGGUGGCGAGUACGAGACCUUCACUAUUGACUGUCCACUUUUCAAGAAGAAAAUUGUCAUUGAUGCGAUGGAGACGGUUAUUCACUCAGCUGAUGCCUUCGCUCCGGUCGGUUACCUGCGCUUUACACAGAUGCACACGGAAAACAAAACUAAUGGCUCCACAGAGACCGCUCUUCCCCUCGCUGGCUGUCCUUGCCGGAGUGCCAUUGACGAGAUGACUGAGGAGACGGUCCAUGCUGAUAAAGCACAAGACGUCCAGGAAGAAUUUACAUCAAAUGGUUGCGAGCUCACAAGCUCAGUCAGAAGCUCAACGGGUUAUCAGUGGAUCUCUGGUAUUAGUGGACACUCUUCUGACCACACGGAUAUUGAGAGUCAGACUCAUCAUGCUUUCACUUCACUGCAAGGUGAAUUGCAGGAGAGGGGAUGGCAGUUAAAGCACGUCGUGCUUGUUCACCUGUAUGUAAGAGACAUGAAGGACUUCGGGAAAGUGAACUCAGUGUACUGUACUUACUUCCACCAAAGUCCACCAGCCAGAGUUUGUGUUCAGGUUAGACUACCUGUAGGUCAGUUCCUGCAGAUGGAUGCGUUGCUUUAUGACUCGGCUGUGGCUACUGAGGAAGGCUGGCUCCAACACAGACACACGAUGCAUGUUCAGAGUAUUUCUCACUGGGCCCCUGCUAACAUCGGGCCCUACAGCCAGGCAGUACAGGUGGAUGAAGCUGUGUUCUGUGCAGGCCAGAUUGCUCUGAUACCAUGCACUAUGGAGAUGUUAUGUGGAGGUCCAGGCCCCCAAGCCCAGCUGUGCUACAGCCACAUGGAGAAAGUUCUGGGUGCCAUGAACUCUCACCUCACACUGGGCCACACACUGCAAGCUCACUGCUACGUUACAGACUCCAGACAUAUACCAGCUGCCAAAAAGGCAUGGAUUAACAAGCUACAGGACGAGCAGGACCAGGUGGCAUGCUAUGGAGCAGAGGAAAUUCAAUGCCCUUCCCUGAUAGUCUCAGUGGUGCCUGCUUUACCCAGAGGAGCAGCAGUGGAGCUACAUGUCACGGCUGUGCAGGAUGAACCUGCAGACAGGACUUUUUGUCAGAUGACCUCUGAGAUCCCUGGUGGCACAAUCCAUUGGCAGGUUAUUCAGUCUAGUGACCAACAGUUUGCCAGUCUGUCCCUGUGUGUCUCCCUUACCGAGCCAUUUCCAACAUCAGAGCACAUAGGUACAGAGGGCACACUAAAGGCAGUGGGCACCUCUUUCCAGCAAGCUUUAGCUCAGAAAGAGAUGAAGCUUUGUUUGUUAUGUGCCAGGGUCUUCUACAAGAGCGGCAACAAGUUAGCCAGAGCACUCUCAGCAGGUUUGCAGGAUUGCUUGGAGAACAGUCUGGGUGAAAGAAGGCCAGCACUGUCAUUAGUUCCUGUUCUAGAUCUGCCGGACUGCACUCUGCUUCAUCUCUCCUGCUGGCUCAGCACAUAGUGGAAGGUGGAGGCCACACAGACUUCACCCACAAAUAAAAAACCAGUCUCAAACUAUUCCACUCGUUGCUACAGCAAACAGGACAUUUUUUUAGCCAGCAUAACUGGCUAAGAAAUACAAUUUUGCUGACCUGGAGCCAAGCACGGAUGACGUCGGGACCCAGAAACGAUCUUUUCAUGGUCACCCUUAAAAAAGACAGAACUGAUGGACAAAGUUUUAAGAAUAAAUGUUGCAAAAUAUAAAUAUUGCAAAUUUGUGUAACUGAUUUAACAAUUUAAUACCAAGGUAAACAGAUUUUAUUUGUAAAGAAUAUUUACAAAAAUGCUAAAAGCUUACUUAUAUUACAAGCAUUCAGAAUAAAUAUA